AAAACCACACUUCACACAAAUUUUUCUGAUUACACAGCUGUGGUUUGUCAAAGGGCGUUGUAUUUGGAUAAGGAGGGUGAAAGUGAGAGCACCUGAAAUUAAAAGCAGACGAUUGUUUUCAGAAGACAUGCACAGAAGCCCCAUGAUGAGAUCUGGCUGGAUUAAAGCAUUCCUUCUGGCCUUUGCCAUGGCUGGGUCUCUUCUUUACCUCGGCUCCAUAAAGAAGGAGGUUCAUACCCACUCAGAGAGACUCAGUAGAGCCCACCACAACGACUCCAUCAGGGGUCAGGGGAUGCUCAACAGGAUGGACAAGAUGGAAACAGACAUCAACAGACUGCUCAAUGUGAUGAAUAAACUUGAAAAGAAGGAACUGGUGAACCAGAACAACGCAGAAGUGAAGAAGGAGAGGAGCGUGGUGAGGAAGCUCUACCCGAACUCUUAUCUGUUCACCAAGUGGGGGGACGAUCUGUCGGAGGAGGAGCAGAAGGAGGCCGAGAGGUUGUUCCAGAGCUAUGGAUACAACGCCUUCCUCAGUGACCGGCUGCCCCUCAACAGAGAGAUCCCAGACACCAGGCCGGCCAGGUGUGCUGAUAAAAAAUACCCUAAGGACCUGCCUUCCAUGAGUGUCAUAUUAAUCUACCUGGAUGAAGCACUUUCUAUCAUCAAAAGAGCCAUUCGCAGCAUCAUAGACAAGACACCAGCUCACCUGCUGAAAGAAAUCUUACUUGUGGAUGAUUGCAGCAGUAACGAAGAUUUAAUGGAGAAAUUGGAUGAAUACAUUAACUCUAUCCACGAGGAGCGUCCAGCCCUGGUGAAGAGAGUCCGCCACUCCGAGCGGCUCGGCCUCACUCAGGCCAGACUCUCGGGGUGGAAGGUUGCUGUGGGGGAAGUGGUGGCCAUCUUGGAUGCUCACAUAGAAGUCCAUGUUGGAUGGGCAGAGCCAAUGUUGGCUCGGAUCAAAGAGGACCGCACCGUGAUACUGACACCAGUGUUUGACAAAGUCAAUUACGACGACCUGAAACUUAUCCCCUACAUACCAGCUGCGGAUGCCUUUGACUGGGCUCUGUGGUGCAUGUACGAGUCCUUCAGACCCGAGUGGUAUGCUUUAAAGGACGACUCACUGCCUGGAAAGAGCCCGGCCAUCAUGGGGAUUCUUGUAGCUGAUAGCAAGUUCUUUGGAGAGAUCGGAAGCCUUGAUGGUGGAAUGAAAAUAUACGGCGGUGAAAAUGUGGAACUCGGCAUCCGGGUGUGGCUGUGUGGAGGAAGCAUAGAGGUUAUUCCUUGCUCUAAAAUUGCCCACAUUGAACGAGCCAGCAAGCCUUACCUCCCAGAUUUGAGUGGAAUGAUGAGGCGUAAUGCUCUGAGGGUGGCCGAGGUGUGGAUGGAUGACUAUAAGAAAAAUGUCAACAUUGCCUGGAACCUUCCAUUCGAAAAUCAUGGGAUAGACAUUGGGGAUGUGUCGGAGAGGAAAAAGCUGAGAGAGAGGCUGAACUGUAAGCCCUUCCAGUGGUAUCUGGAUAAUGUUUACCCCAUGCUCGACCCUUUGAAGGACCUGCUAGCUUAUGGAGCGCUGGUUAAUGAUCUGAUGCCUAAAUUCUGCAUUGACCAAGGCCCAAUGCCUGGGAACACUCCCAUUGUAUAUGGUUGUCACUACCAGUUCAGCCAGCACUGUUAUUAUCGCACCAAUGGACAACUGUACAUCGGUGGAAUAAAAUCUCACAAGUACAACAGCAACCGCUGUCUGUCAGACCCCGGCUCCGGAUUAGAUCCAGGACUGUAUGAGUGCAAAAUGGCUGAGCAGAAGAAAUUCCACAUACUGUGGGAUUUUAAACAGGACGGAGCUAUCCAGAACAGAGAAACAAAGAGGUGCCUGGAAAUAAUGAUGGCUGGACCCAGCAAUUAUAAACUGGUUAUUCAGCAGUGCACCAGUCAGAGAUGGAAAAUACAAUAUCUCAUCAAAGGCCAGCUUGGUGGGCAGGGUUCAGAAGACAGGAUGAUAAAGGAGCCAUGAUUCAAUGACAAUCUGCAGCUCAGUGAAACACAUGUUUGCUUUUGGGGCAAGUUUACAUUUUUGCUUUGGACGACUUGGAUCUACGAGAGGCAAACUCUGUGACAAAAUGUAUUUCAAUGAUUGUUUGUGAAAAAUAUAACAUUGUGACAAAAAAUGAACUACUAAAUGAAUGGUCAUUUAUUUCAUUAGUUUUAAAAAAAAAUUGUUGCUGUGAACAUUUGCUAUUACAUUUUCUUUGUGCAGAAAACCCUAUUUAUGAGGAAAAGAUUGGCAGUAAACGGCUUUUAAUACUCCCCACAGUACGUCUGAAUGUCUAGUUCACUCAAAAAAUACAUACCUUAAUACAUCAGACAGGAACAUCCUGAGGGUAUGUUUUCAGCCAAUCAAUAACACAAACAGUAUUUCCAAUUGUUUUAAUACAGGCCUAAAGAUGCUUGCUAUAGCUAAUCGCGUUGAUCAGGAUCCGUUGUGUGUCUUUUGUCAUGUGUGUUUAAAGAUGAAGGCGUCCCAUUUGCGCUGCCACAUGACGACCCCUUUGUCCUUUAGAUGGUCUGGCAGGGAGCUGUACCUGCAGGUAGAAGACCUUUCAACGCUUUAACAUCAUUAGGUUGAUUGUAGGCUAAACAUAUCAAUGUUUCUCCACCAUAAAGUAGAAAUCACGUCCUAUAGCAGGGCUUUUUUCACUGAGGGCCACAUACAGAACAACAUAUUAAGGGCUGGGUAAGUGAGGUAUAUUGCCACAUAAGUUA